AUCACGACUUCGCCUGGCACAGGAACUUAAACCCGUCAUCAGCAGAGCGCAGUUGGAAGCUUCAAAUGUCCCAUUCCGCGACGAUACGUGCAUGCUCGCCCCUCCUGGUUAUUCUGCCGAGGAUUUCGAGACACCGCAGCUUCGGCGAUGCCCCUUUGACCCGGCCACCAUUGACUGGACUUACUCCUCUCGUAUUGAUGGAGGACUCGAUGGAUACAUCUGGAGGGUGUGGUUCGGAGCGGAUAGUCCCUAUGUCUUGAAAGUGUUCUGGGACGCAGAGCCGCCUGAAUUUUAUCACUACUUUGCCGCUCAACGGGAAUGUCAGAAUUCUGCCCUUCUUCAGAUGAUGGAAACUGCAGUGCAGCAGGCUGCUACGUCUGUCAUCCCAAUCACCUAGGCGCAUGGUAGGAACCCCUUAUAGCUUCCACGUCUCUUGGGUCCAACUGCAUUAUACCAGUUUCCAAGAAUAGCAAUU